AUUCUCUUCAUGAUCAUGAAAGAAGAUGCCAUACAAGUUCCUUCCUCAUAUCGACACGACGCGAAGACAUAGAGAGUCAGCAAGUAUCAGCAAGCGACCAGCAAGCCACCCACCCCAGUGGCCAUCAACAAAAAUGAAACAAGCCCUGCCCUGACAUGCAGAAUCCUAUCGAUAGCUAGCUUCCCACCAACACAACACAACUCGACACACAACCCAACACCGCUAGCUAGAUCUUGCCUUCCUUGGGCUGCCGUGUCAGAGAGAACCGAUACAGCUCCUCAAAUAUCGCCCUCAGCCGACUCACCUCAGACACUAUCAGCUCCCGCCCGCCUGCCUCGCCCUCACCACCCGCCCCCUCUGUUAGCGACAGCACCACACUCUCGCAGGCGGCGUCGAACAGAUGAAGCAGGGGCCGGGGAAGCGAUAAAAAGAGAACGAAGCAGGCGUCAUAGAGGGUAACGGCGAUCCGUUCCUCCUCCUUCUGGCCCUCUUCGUUGGGCACCUCCAGGGGGGCGUGGACACCUGCUGACGGGCUGAGGACACUCGAGCUGUCCGUCGCGAAAGGCCGGGGGCGGGGAGGUAUGUCGGUGUCUGAUGUCGGUGGCGGCUGGGUGUGGGUGGACGUAGAGGUGGAGGUGGAGGUGGGCUUUGCCUUAAUGUUCUGCCACACCUGCUCGAAGAUGACAGAGUCGAUGUUUUCCUCCUCAUACACACCUGCGUGAAUCCAACACACGCGACAUAUAUGGCAUCGAUGUGUGCGGCUCGAUUUCACGAUGGUCCGACUCACCCGAGAGUUGUUGAUGAAGGGGGAACUUGCGCAGGGCCGCUAUGCAUUGGCUCACCCGCUGCUUCUCGGCAUCGUCGACUGACAGACCACACACAAUGCAGAACAUGCCCACGCAUUCCAUUCUUCUCUUCUAUCCACUGUCCCUCUCGUACUUACUCGGUGCCGUGUCGAAGUGAAUCUGCGGAGUGAAGGGCGUCCGAGACAAGAAUCUGCUCAGCCGCUCGUACUCCAGCACCACAGACGAGCUCGCAUCAGCGUCACCAGCAGCUGAUGCACUUCUUUGACAGUGUGUGUGCAGCGCCAUCGCCUGCAUCGCUGUCGUCGUCGCCACGAGACUCAGCAUCGACGGCGUCCGCACAAGGCCGCGCAGGAACAGCCGGAAGCACUCCAUCAGCUUCUCCAUCGGCAGACGAGCCUCCCAAUCCCCAGCCACAUAGCUCACGCCGUUGGGGCGGCCGGUGGGAGCGGGUGCAGGCGCCUCGCCUGCCCCUGACGGCUCUCGGCAGGGACACUCCUCGCAGGCAGAGGCAGAUGAGGCGCGUCCGUCGACCGGGCCGGCAGGGAGUUUGCCUUGCAGCUGUAGGAUUGAAGACCGGAAGGACUUGAAGAUCCAGCCGGCGGAUGCUUGUGGCGGGAACUCGACGCGGAAGAGGGCGAGUGGUGCCUUUGACUUGUCCUUCUCGGCCUUGGAUAUCAUCAUCCAGCCGCGGGAGUGACCUGACAUGGAUGGACAAGACAGGGCAGACAAAUGCACGCAUCGUGAAUGGCGUUUACAUCGGUAUGUGCUGUACCUGUGGAUGGGUCUUUGAGCGUCAUGGCCUGGUAGAGCUGCGAGAGCGACACCCCUGACACAGAAGAAAACACAACGGAAUGAGAAUGAUCUGUGACGUCUUCACGCCUCUCUGCAUACUGGUGCCCUUACAGUGUGGUGGGUAUUUGAAUCUUGCCACAUCAAGAAUCAGCACCUUGUCAGACCCACGGUGGAAUCCGCCUGCACACACAAACCACACAAAUGCACCAACAGCCGUCUGGAAUGAGUGUCGUGUCCUUUGCUGCCGCGGGAAGGAAAGCUGUAUACUUACCGAUGGGGCUGAAGUGACCCGUGCCCGUCUGGCCAAGGCCACUACGGCAGUACGACACGAUACAGAAGCCGCUGGCCGGGUCGGAGCAGGCCUUCUCGACCAACACACGGAACUGCAUGAGUGACCACAGACAGAAAACACACCGAUGUUUGCUGCAUGUGUGAGUGGGUGUGUGUAUCUUUUUGGUUUGCUCACCUGUUCCAGUGAUGCAGGAGUGCCUGCCGGCACACCAGCGGAUGGCCUUGCUGGUUCGUCCGGCUCGGCUGCCUCUGUUGCUCGGUAGGUGUCCACGCGGCAGCCAUUGCAUCGGGCCAGACACGCGAACUGCUCGAAGUUGAUGCCCUCUUGUUUGACUGUUUCGGUUCCGACGCAGCAAUCGAGCAUCUCCUCGUGAUACCAACGCCACGACCCCUUCUGCAUCACACACACACACACACCACAUCACACAAACAUCACAGACGUGGACGCAUAGACAGAUAGAUGUGUAUCCAUUUCGGUUGGCUGACCCAUGUCCGGAAGGGGUCAAUCUGCAGAGCGUUCAAAACCAUGGUGAGAGUGGACAGGCCACAGAAUGCCGGCUCGUCCUGAGUCCGAAACUGCUCCGAGAGAGGGAAGAAGGCCUCCAUGUGGCCCCCCAGCAGGGCCUCCUGGAACAGCUGUUUGCCCUCGGUGGACGUGAAUGCGACGCAGCCGGCAGGGAGGGCCCGGCGGUAGAAGGACAAGUACUGGUUGGCUGUGCUGGGCGGCGGGGAGAGAGCUGAAGCCGUCGCCAUCAUGCGGUGAGCUGCCAGGCCAAAGACGCUACGAAACAUCGCCCUGCAGCUGCAUAUCUAUGGAGGAAGAUGUCCACUUCGUCCGGGGCACCCCAAGACGCC